CAUUACAAAUUGGAAGCCGAAUGAGUGAUGCGACAAGACAACAAGAAUCAUUUUUGCGUUUAUUGAUACCUAGUGUAUUCAGACCGUGUUGUUGAUUAAAAAUUAGGUACCAGUGAGGGACGUAAUUGAGAAAGAAGCUCACAAAGAGAGAGACUGCUGUAGACUUUGAACCCUGAGGAUCGUUACAAAGGGGGUUUUCCCUUUUGUCAAUUCAUACGUGUGUCCAUGACAUUCCAAGAACUUGGUUCUUUGAGCUUUGUGUGUACCCAAUUGGGAAUUCCACCAAUUGGGAAUACCACCUAUAUACCACGUGUGAAGAUAUCUACAUUUACAUGUAGUUGAGUAUGUGGAACACUGCAUACCACAUUGUACUGUUAGCAAGUGAAAGAGAGAAUUACAUUUUAUAUUACUUCUUUGGGCGAGAAACACUUAAAAUUGGACAAGAUUCUGUAUUCGUCGGAGAUGAUACCAGGAAAUGUAUUCUGUAAAGAUUAUUAAAAGGAGAAAUAUUUCUUUUGAAAAGGCUUUAUUAGCCUACUGAGAAUAGCAGUACAGUAUCCUGUAAUUAUUUCUGGGGCCCCAUGCACUGGGAAUCGUGUAUGUGCAUACAGGAAAAACUUACCUGAUAGUACAAUUGUGGUACUUUCACAUAGAAAUCUGAGUUUGAAGAGGAAGAUAGACACGAAGAAAGGCAGGCCUUUGCUGGCACACUUUGAACAAAAUCAACUUGUUUUUGUUGUGGACGAUAAUUAAAAAUAACCAUGGCAACGGGUACCUCUACGAUUACCCAGACGGUGCAGGAGGACACGGAGGAGAACGUGAUUGAACAGACGGAGAUGAUCGUCAGAAACUUCUUCCACCAGAGGCUGGCGAUGGACAUGCAGGAUCAGACGAAUGAUAUUAAUAUAUCAACGCCUAGGAUACCAGAGUUACAGAAUUUCACUGCAGACCCUUUAAGUCCGACGUCGAGAGUAGGGAGGAGACUAGCUCAGAUUGGAGACCAAAUAGAUGCACAGUACGAGGGAGAGUUCCGUCAGAUGAUCCAGAUGCUACACAUAACCCCCUCAACCGCCUAUCAAGCAUUCGCCGGUGUAGCAAGAAGAUUAUUUAUCAAGGGCAUCAACUGGGGGCGUAUUUCGGCGCUUCUCAUGUUCGGUUACCGUAUCGCUAGAGACGUGAUGACGAGUGUGGGGGAUUUCUUUCACAAGAUUGUCGGCGAUCUGGUGCGUUUCAUCAUCUCAGAGAGAAUCGCAACAUGGAUAGCACAACAAGGAGGCUGGAUUUCAGCGCUGAACUUCAGAAUAGAGAACCCCGGUGUAGGCUUCAUUGCAAUAGCAGGUCUGUCAGCGCUAGCCAUCGUGUGUGCAGUCGUAUGGUCAAGAUCUAGAUAGAAUAGGGGUAGCAGCUUAUGAGGGGGAUGGGUGUAAAACCCCAGUGACACUGCCAAACCAGACGUAAACCAACCUUAAACCAACCUCUCAC